GCCAGAAGAGGCAGUUUUGCCGUAACCAACAUCAACUCUCCAUCUCUCUGUUCGUGACGGGUCACUGCUCUGUGCCAUCUGCAUCUGAAUAGAUCCAGAGACUGAAGAGAGAUCCUCGUUGCCCAUCUAUCUACCUAGGACGUUGUUCCAGAUCGCAAGAUAGGGGAGCCUCAGGGACCGAUAUAUGAUGAAGGCCCGGAUUUCCACAACUCUCCACAAUGUCCCCAGGACUCCGUUUCAACGGAAUGGACGCGCCAGGCAUGGCUUGAGGCAUCUCACGACAGCGGCGGGAGCAUGUUCGAGAGCAACAAUAUGUGCAUCGGUGAAGAAUUCACCCUGGCAAAACACAAGCCGACCGUGUCAAGUCCCCACAGCCUCGUUGUGCCGCCGACAUCAAAGCACAUCGGCGCCAAUGUCAAGCAGCGCCGCCCUCCCACGCGUCCUCGUCAACGACAUGACAAACCAAGAACUCAUCGUUGACUUCAACACGGGCGUCGCACUGCGCUAUCCGUCCUUCUGGCUGCGAGACCACUGUCCCUGCCCGGAAUGUCAGCAUCCCAGCACGCAUCAGCGGCUAAUUGACACUUUUGCCAUUGACCCGGAGAUCAAGGUCUCAAGUGUGCAGUCCACACCGGAGGGAUUGGAAGUCACCUGGCUAGAGACGGCGACGGCGACAUCAGGAUCUGCAAGUGCAGACGCCAUAUCUGCUCCGGGCGGGAAAGGGAGACACAGGAGCGUGUACCCGUGGGAAUGGCUCCAGACUCAUCCCCCUUUUAUACAAGCCACCAACAAGGCUGCUGCUUCAGCGCCCCCCAAGAGGAAAUGGACACAUGUCCCUCCUUCGUCCACAUCACUGCCCAGAGUCCCCUACCCGUCAAUCAUGGACGACUCGUCCACGGUGGGCCUCACACAAUUUCUCGAAUCAAUCCACACCUACGGCCUGUGCUUCAUCCCUUCCACUCCACCCACCCCAAGCGCAACGCAGUCCCUCGUCGAACGCAUCUCGCACAUCCGACCUACGCACUACGGCGGCUUCUGGGACUUUACCUCGGAACCCAACCCAAUCGACACCGCGUACACGGACGACUAUCUCCCACCACACACCGACACGACCUACUUCACCGACCCGGCGGGGCUGCAGCUCUUCCACUGCCUGACCCCCGCCGACAAGGGCGGCGAAUCGACCUUCGUCGACGGCUUCGCGGCCGCCGCGCACCUAUACCAGACCUUCCCCCAGCACUACCGCGCGCUCAGCACCUACCCAGUCACGUCGGCCGCACUGGGCUCGCCGGCAGGCGAAUUCUACAACACGGCCGCCUCGCCCCAGGGAUAUCCCGUGCUCGUGCACUCGGCGCCGCCGGGCCUGCACCAAGGCCCGACCCCGACCUCGCUGGUCCAGAUCCGAUGGAACAACCUGGACCGGGUGCCGCCCACGUCGGCGUCGGCGCCGCCGUUCCCGAACCACACGGCCCUGAAGGCGUGGUACGCCGCGGCGCGCGAGUGGAGCCGCAUCCUCGAGAGCCCCGAGUUCCUCGUCACCGUGAUGCUGCGGCCCGGCGAGCCCGUCAUCUUCGACAACUGGCGCGUCCUGCACGGCCGCCUGGGCUUCGAGGGCAAGCGCCGCGUCUGCGGCGCGUACGUCGGCAUGGACGAUUUCCGCGCAAAGUGCCGCGGCUUGGGUCUCGUCGACGUCUAGACACCUACCUUUAUACCUAGGGUACAUAGGGCACAUACGUAAGUGGUGCUCUGCACUUCGGGCGCGGACGCGGGAAGGGGACUGUGGCUGGGAUGGAAGAGCGACGGAGGCGGGAUGUAGGUACAUGUAUGAGUGGAGGAAAAUGGCGAGGCGAGGGACAUCCUGCUUCUAUAGGUCGAGUGUUCUCUCCGCCGUGGCCACCAUGCCUGUAUAUAGCAAGUGGGCAUGAUCGGAGUCUCAACCUCUGGCCGCAGGGUCUCCCAGAAAAGAUGACAUGCAGGAAAUCAUCAGCACAAAAAGGAAGCCAAAUCAAUCAAUCAAUCGCUCAA